AUGGUGUCUCCAAACAAAUGGCUUGAUGAUGCGAUUUCCGACGGUAAAAUUCAUAAAAUACCAUUCGAAGAAAUUACUAAGAGAGAAACUAUUGGCAUAGGAUCAUUCGGAACUGUUUAUUUAGCUGAUUGCAAAUCAAUCACCGAAAAAAUUGUACUCAAGAAGGUAAAAAAAUGCCAUAUUAAAGAAAAAGAUAGUUUCUUCGCAUUUAUAAAGGAGUUGAAAAUACAUAGUAAUUUGGAACAUGCGAAUAUUAUACCAUUAUAUGGAAUUAGUGAGAAACAAAAUUCCUAUUAUCUGGCAAUACAAUUCGCAAACAAUGGGACGUUGCGUGAAUUUCUGAAAGAGAAACGUCAUAAUGAAGUAGCACUUAUGCUGGAAAUUCGAAGUGGCCUACGUGAGACUCUAUUCUCUGAUACUCCUUAUGAAUACAUGAAAUUGUAUGAACAUUGUUGGAUAUCUGAACCCGAAAAUAGACCUUUAAUCCAGGAGGUUUGCAGUAGAUUAGAAUCAAUUCGAAUGGUCUUGUUUUGA